AUGCCGUCUCUCCGCUUCGCACGCCCGCUCAUCCUCGCACUCGCACUCGUCGCCGCACUCGUCACCCUCUUCCACUCGCACCACUCGUCGACCCACUCGGACCCGGCAUCGAAACUCACCCUCGUCCUCGCAGCGUACGAGACAGACGGACUCAGACCACAGUGGCUCAAGCGCAUACUCGACACGUACGCGAGCGCACAGUAUGCGGAUCUCGUCGCGGGAAUCGUGCUCGUGUGGAACAGGCCCGGCGUAGACCCGCCUGAUGGGCUGCCCAAGAGCGUCAAGGUCGUCCGCGCACCGGUCAACAGCCUGAACAACAGGUGGACGCUCACGAGGGGGCUCGUCAAGACGCCCGGCAUGGUCGUGACAGACAACGACCUCGUCCUGUCCAAACCCGCUCUGAAAUGCCUCCACCGCGUCUGGCAAUCCCACCCAACCCGGCUAAUCGGCCCCUUCGUCCGCCGCCGCGACGGCUCCUCCUACGUCCUCGACGAACUCGUCGCCCGCCCGUCGCCUUACAACUUUGUUCUUCCCCGCGCGCUGGUGGGUAGUACAGAGCUGGUAGGGAGGUAUGCGGAGAAGGAGUGGGAGGAAGAGAGGAGGUAUGUCGAUGAGCAGGAGGCUCACUGCGACGACAUCCUCCUCAAUCUCGUCGUCGGCCAAACGACCCGCAAAGCUCCACUCCGCGUCGCACUUCCACCAGGCAGCAUCGGCGACUUUGCGACCUACUGCAGCCCACUAAACCGCCCCGCCUCCUCCGGCCUCGCCGACCAAUCCUCCCGCGCCGCCUUACGAACCGAGUGUCUCGAGCACUUUAUGGACCCGCACCGAGGAGGAGUGGGAGGGGAGAAGCGGGGGUUUGGGCCGGAGGCGAGUCCGCAGGGGAGUUUGGUGGCUGUUUGCUCGGACGACGGCGAGACCUUCAAGCUCUCGACCUCGGACAUUGGGCUACGAAGAUGGCGCGCAAUGUCGAACCUCACCGCCUCUGACCUCUGUCCGGACCUCGCCGCAACUGUCCCCCUCGCUCCACCUCCUCACGCACUCACUCCCUCCCGCUCCGCCGUUGGCGAAGAACUAGCGGAGUACUGCCCCGAAGUCACGAAGGCAGUGAGCGAGUGGAUUGAUGUCCUUGAGUCGGAGGCGCCGCUGUGCGGAGCGCAGGGAGAGAGGGAGAGGGAGGUAGAGGCGGUGAGGGAGAACGCGAGGUAUCAGUGCGGAGCUUGGUGUAUCUGGGACCUCCGUCUCUCGACAAAAUCAGGCUGGCGGCUUCGACCUUCCUCGAGCGUGCGAGGGAGGAUGUGCUUCGAGCGGUUCGAGAACGGGCAUAGGGACUGCGAUGAGUGGUGGUACCAGAGACCGAGGUUUGAUUUGUAG